AGGAUACACCUCAUGCAUCCUUCGAAUUCCCGUCGCAUUCGAAGGCUGCAUUCGAAGUGUACUACUCGCUUUUCUGAAACGAGACAGUCUAGAUGACAUAUGCGGCCGACAAAUGCAACCUACGGAGGACGCAUCCUUCCAAACGAGACACAGCCAUAAAUACAUGCAUUUAUAUGUCUAUGGCUGAAACGGCCAACUAGCAUUUUACGACAGUUUGCUGAUGCUAUACAAAUGAAUGGAGAGAGCCGUAAACUGACACCUUCUGGUCGUAAAAUCGUCCGUGAUUUCUCUUAUAAAAAAGCAAUUUUAUCAUAGUAAACUCCACAAAUAUUUAACUCCAAAAGGAUUGUUUAGUGUAAAACAUGUAGAAGAUUAGAGGACAGGAAGUUAAUUUAUUAAAUGAUGAACUGUUUCCUCACAAAAGCGGUUUAUUCAGCGUUGUGAAGCAUCUCCUCCAUAGACAUCCACUCAAAAAAAAAAAAAAAAAAAAAAAAAAAAAAAAAAAACGGCCUCUUAUCUCCUCGCCAAUGUACCACCAUAGAAUGUCUAUGGAACGGCCGCGUUACGCUAAUCUAUAGGUUAAACUAUCAGCUUUGGUUAUUCUUUGUCGUAAAGUGACGUUGCAGCCAAUCGGAAGGCACCGCAAAGAGUUAAAUGAAAACAUGCUGGUGCUGUGCUGCCAGAAAAGUCUGUUUUACAAUCAAUAUUACGUAUAUAUCUGCUGUCAGUAGUAAAAGUAUCACUAAAGGUGCUUACAUUUUCAGUGUCAAAAUGAGCAUUCACGCUCUUCUGGUUCUGUACGGGAGCCAGACAGGAACAGCACAGGAUACAGCAGAGCGAAUAGGGCGUCAAGCACAGAGGAGGCGGAUGAGAGUCAGAGUGGAAGCCCUGGACACCUACAAUGUGGCCAACCUGAUCUCGGAGUCUCUUGUUGUGUUUGUCUGCGCCACCACGGGACAGGGUGACCCUCCAGACAAUAUGAAGAAAUUCUGGAGAUUCCUGUUCAGGAAGACUUUGCCUGCUGAUUCUCUUUGUUGUCUUGAUUGUGCUGUACUGGGCCUUGGAGACUCCUCCUAUCCUAAGUUCAACUUUGUUGCUAAGAAGCUCUAUAAGCGUUUGCUUCAGCUUGGUGCUAAUAUGCUACAGCCUGUUGGACUGGCUGAUGAUCAACAUGACCUGGGGCCAGAUGGUGUGAUUGACACCUGGUUGCUUUCAUUCUGGCAGAAAACCCUGUCUCUCUACCCUCCUCCAGCUGGCCUUGCACCGAUCCGUGAGGAAGAGAAGCUUCCACCCCGAUAUGUUUUCCACUUCCUAGACGAAGUCCCAAACAAGCAGGUUGAGCAUCACCAGAUACCUGAUAACAAGGCCCCUCCCAACUCAGUGCACCCUUUCCCAGCUCGAGUGGUAUUCAAUCAGAGAGUGACUGAUCUCUCACACUUCCAGGAUGUCAGGCAUAUUGAGUUUGACAUCACAGGCUCUAAAAUCCAGUACAGUGCAGGGGACGUUGUAAUGAUAAGGCCCUGUAAUGCUGCAGAGGAUGUGGAGCAGUUUUGCCAACUGUUGAGACUUGACCCUGAGCGCUACUUUACACUAAAGCCCACUGACAACAGCACAGCAGCAGUUCCUGCACGUCUUCCUCAGCCCUCCUCCAUUCGCUUUCUGGUGGAACAGUUUCUGGACAUUUCUGCUGUUCCACGUCGCUCCUUUUUCGAGCUGUUGGCAACUUUUGCCACUAAUGAGCUGGAGAGUGAAAAACUGCUGGAGUUCAGCUCUGCUCAGGGCCAGGAAGCUCUUCAUGCCUACUGCAACCGACCUCGUCGAACCGCCCUGGAGGUUCUGGCAGACUUCCCUCACACCACAGCUGAGCUGAGUGUUGACUACCUGUUGGAUCUUUUCCCUGAAAUCCAACCUCGCUCCUUCUCUAUCGCCUCUUCACUCUUGAAUCACCCUAACCGCAUCCAGAUCUUGCUUGCAGUAGUGAAAUAUAAAACCAAGCUUCAUAAGCCACGCAAGGGCCUGUGUUCUUCCUGGCUGGGAUCUCUGGAUCCCUCUAAAGGAGAGGCUUUUGUGUCCCUGUGGGUGAAGAAGGGGAGCUUGAGUUUCCCUGAGGACCCAGACACCCCUGUGAUAAUGGUUGGGCCAGGGACAGGUGUGGCUCCCUUCAGAUCUGCUAUACAGGAGAGGGCUACUCAAGGGAAGAUGGCUAAUGUGCUGUUCUUUGGCUGUCGGUCUGAAUCAAAGGACUUCUACUGUCGAUCAGAAUGGGAGGAGAAGGUGCAGGCUGGCCAGAUGAUCCUUUUCACAGCCUUCUCCAGAGACCAGGAGGAUAAAAUCUAUGUUCAACAUCGAGUGAAGGAACAAAGCAAACUUAUAUGGGAUCUGAUAACAAAGAGGAAUGCCUUCUUUUACAUAGCAGGGAAUGCCAAGCAGAUGCCCACAGGUGUAUGUGAUGCUCUGAAGGGGAUUUUUGAAAAUGAGGGUGGCAUGUCUGAAAAUCAGGCACAGGAAAUACUGGAUUCCAUGGAGAAAGCUGGGCGCUUUCAGAGUGAAACCUGGUCCUGAUCUCUCCAUUACACUCCUCUCAUAGCCUUAAUAACCCCCAGUGUGAAAGAGCGCUUGAAUAGUGUUUUUAAAGAGUGUUAUACUGGUAACUCUUGACUCUUCCACCAGGUUUUGUCAUAUCCGACCACUCUCCUUCCAAGCAAAUACACCUUUGCCUUGGAAUGUAGUUGUGGAACCUGGUACCAUAAGUGACCUGAAUAUUAUGCAUUAUUGGGCCUCUGACUCAAUUUUAUUUAAUUGAAGGACAAAGUGAUAAUGGUAAAUUCAUUAUGUUUAAAUAAAUCUUGACUGAAGUAGAAGAGCUGAUUCUUUGUAUCAUAUUGACAGCCCAAACACAUUUAGUAUAACCCAUUUAAUCCAAAUUGACUUGUAUAUAAUGAAUCUACUCUAUACAAUAACUACAUUUUCAUUCAAAGACAGCUCCAAAAUAUUACUUUAUUCAAGGCAAAAUAAAAUGUGCUCAUUUGAGAGUUGUGUCAAAAGCUAUAAAAUAUAAGACACUCAUACUAAAAUGUAACAUUAACUUGUAUAGACUCAACUUCUCAUAAUUUAUUAAAAAGGUUUUCAAUCACA